UCUUUAAAGCCACUAUUAUACUUGAGUAACCAAUCAAACUUCAACCUUUUUCACCUUUUCAAAUCUUUUUUCUGCGUUUUCAUAACUUAUUUUGGCCAAAAGUCACACCCUAAAGCAUGCUCACUUGACCAAACUUAUAAAAUAUCUUUCCGACCCUACUAAUGACCCAUGGAAGCCAAUCAAGGACGUCAACUAUUCAACUAUAAUUAAACACUCCAGGCCUAUCAAGCUUCACCUGUUAUCGGUCGGUCGGAUCAUCCAGGACUGAAGCAGUUUUCUUAGCAAGUUCACCAACCAAGUCAACCAUCAGACGAAAUUCUCGUGAAAUGGAGUGUUUUCAUUCAGCGAUUCGAAAGCAAAUGACUGAUGCUUGAUUGCAGCCUGGUUAAUAUUCAACGAGUUCACAGAGACCCAAAGAAAAACAAACAGUUUCAUUCUCCUAUAUACGUAAGAAAGAGUCAUCUCCAGUCCAAAUUCUGGAGUUUCAAUAUUGAUCGUGAGUGCAUGCGUUAUCACGAGUCAUCAUUAUCGAAUGACGUGGAAAGAGAAAAACCCAUCACAAUUUCUGACUCUCACGAACAUACAAGUUUGUGGUCGGACUCUUUGGUUUGUUUUGAUCGUCUAACAUGGUUUGAAGACCGAGAUUGCUCUUCAGUUCCCCCGAUAGUUCAUAGAAGAGGUCAGUGCUGUCGGUAGUGCUUAAUUUCACCUCCAAUGGCAUUUCCAACCAGUCGCAGUACCCCCAAUUUUGGGACCUCCCAUCGAAACCAUUCCAAAAUCAGCCUCCAUGCUCUACACCUUCAAGCCACUAGGUUUGUUGAAGAGGCACCCGUGUUCACUCAUAAGUCGUUGAGCUCGAUUCACAGUGCUUUUUCUUCGCUCUAUGCCAUGGUUCUGGUCACUCUGUUUCUGGCCUUUUCUUACACAGAAGUGGUCACGUUCCCGCGGUUCCAUCAUUAUUUAGAGAACUAUGGGUUUUACAUCUAUUUGUAUGGCGUGGCAGAUCUGUUCUUCAUCUACGUUUUGUCCAUUGCUAUCUGGAGUGAAAGGAAGAAAACCGUGUUGGACAACCUGAGAAUCGUUCUAAACCACAAGAGUCACGGAUGUCUUCCAGCGCGGAUUGGGAUCAUAUUCUUCGGAUGCGGAACCUUGAUUUACUUAAUCCUGGAACUAAUCGCCUUCUUUAUGACCCAAAGCUCGCUCCAGUGCUACCAUUCCACGGACGGGGCGAAUUCCAUUUUGGGAAUCCUAUUUGUUCUCCUCCAGGCCUGUCUAAUCUUCAUGUACCCGAGAUUGAACCUCGACACUUGCAAUUUCUUGGAUGGGUUUGGAACAAUGCAUGUGGUGGCCACCAACAUCAUUGUUUGGAUCCAUUCCAUCAUUUCCGAGAGCUUAUACGAAUUCGAAGAAGCAGAGGAUCAUAGGCUGGAAUCUGUUCCCACAAAUGUAACGAACAUGGGGUGUGACUUUUUGGGUGAGAGGCUGAAGGGUGUGUACGAUUUGAACCACCGAUGUGAGAAGAACAAGGUCAAUAUCAUUGGCUACGCCUUGUCCAAGAUGGAACACUUCUUGUAUCCGUUCAUAAUUGAAUUUGCUCUGAUUGGGGCCAGCGUUUUUUUCGUCAUGUGGAGACAUAUUGGAAGACACUCGCACCCCUCAGUGGAACAGCCUCACUUGGACGUGAAGAUUCAUCGACCUCGACCCCUUGAAUUCAUCAAGAGGACCGCUUGGGACCACUCCUUGAAGGGAGCCGUGGCCGGGAUCUUUAUCUUAUUCUUGGCCGUAUUGAAUUUGGUUCUGUUUUUCAAUGCCGAGGGAGCCGAGCACAACAACAGCCAAGCCGAGUAUUUCUCCAAAUUAACGAAAAUCCUCAUCAACGUAUGUGGAAUCCUGGCUUUGGUCAUUGGGAUAUGGCAGAUCCAGUUCCUGGAGGAUAUCGAGAACAUCGACAAAGCCGAGGCUGAGAAUCGCAACUUGGACACGGCUCUUCUGCGUUUCACCUCCUUUUUCGCUUACCUCUAUCAAUGUUUUACCAUCAUUACCGGAAUCUUCAACGCAAAUGCGAAUGGCUUCCCCGUCCAGCUCCACGACCUCAAUGCCAUUAUAGCCGCUAUUCAAAUCACAUUGCAACUAGUUUUUAUCUUUGAUUUAAGAUGGAAGAAACUACCUCAAAACGACUCGGACACGAAACCCGGUCGUCAAGUGGCCAUUUUCAUGUUCUUCUUCAACAUCGGAAUGUGGUUGGUGUUCACAUUCGAGAUUCAAAAAGUUCGAUCAAGCCUGGUGGAAGCCCACUUUUAUGGUUUCAUGCCAUGGGUCAUCAUCCAACGAGUCACUUUGCCUCUGACCAUCUUCUUCAGAUUUCAUUCCGCGGUGGUUAACAUCGAGAUGUGGAAAAACAUUUACAACGUUCACCCUGCAUCACAACACGAAUGAAGUGCAAUAAUAGCGAUGCUCUUUGGGCUUUAAAUGUAAAUUGUCACAAUAAACGGUACCCAUUUGUCUCCGCGUUUUUGGCUCCAGGGUAAUUAGAUCAGGUGAGCGAAUCCGUUGCCAAGUUGCCAAAUUGCCAAGUUGGAUAAAGCAAGCAGAGCUAG